UUAAAGAAGCUGGAGAGACUUUAAUUCAUAUAAAUAUAUAUAGCAACAAUGGCGCCGAGAGUUGGAGAUGAAGUGAGCAACAAGCAGGUGGUGCUCAGGGACUAUGUCACUGGCUAUCCCAAGGAAUCGGACAUGUUUCUGACCACUGGUACCAUAAAGUUGAAGGUUCCUCAAGGUUCAGACGCAGUUUUGGUGAAGAACAUUUACUUAUCCUGCGAUCCUCUCAUGCAGUUCUUUAUGAGGAAAGCCGUAGGUCUAACCGGAUAUAAUAGAUACACCCCUGGCUGUCCAAUAUUCGGGUAUGGUGUGGCUAAAGUUCUGGAUUCUGGGAAUCCAGAAUUCAAAGCAGGUGACCUGGUAUGGGGGACUACCGGAUGGGAAGAGUACAGCCUAAUAACGAAAACUGAAAGCCUGAUUAAAAUCCAGCACACUGAUGUACCUCUUUCCUACUACACUGGAAUUCUUGGCAUGCCUGGGAUGACCUCGUACGCUGGGUUCUAUGAGGUUGGUGCCCCAAAGAAAGGAGAAUAUGUGUUCGUUUCGGCAGCAUCUGGCGCAGUUGGCCAGCUUAUUGGACAAUUCGCAAAAUUGGAGGGUUGUUAUGUUGUUGGAAGUGCUGGAAGUAAAGAAAAGGUCGAUCUCUUGAAGAAUAAACUUGGGUUCGAUGAGGCUUUCAAUUACAAGGAGGAGCAUGACUUGAACGCAGCUUUGAAAAGGUAUUUCCCUGAAGGCAUUGACGUAUACUUUGAGCAUGUUGGGGGCGAAAUGCUUGAUGCAGUGCUGCUAAACAUGAGGCAAUUUGGUCGCAUCGCAGUGUGCGGAAUGAUCUCACAAUACAACCUUGAUGAACCUCAAGGCAUUAAAAACUUAAUGCACAUUGGGUUCAAGUGGAUCCACAUGCAAGGAUACACGCAUCGCAACUACUAUCACCUAUAUCCCAAGUUCCUGGACACUGUACUGCCUUUCAUCAGAGAAAAGAAGUUGGUGUAUGUGGAAGACGUAGCAGAAGGCCUUGAGAAUGGUCCAGCUGCCCUUGUUGGCCUUUUCAGUGGUCGUAACUUUGGAAAACAAGUAGUUGCAGUUGCUCAAGAAUGAUAUAUAUAUAUAUAUAUAUAUAUGCAUUGAUCUAUUUGCAGUGUACUAAGUAAAAGAGAAAAAGAUCA